AUGAGCGAGGAAUUGGUGCCAAUGGUUAGUUAUUUUACUGAUUUUCUCGACAAAAUUUAAGAUUUUCAGACAAUUGGUUGGUUCGAUAUGCCUUUGGAGAUGCGUGAAAUGGUCAUGGAACACAUGGAAGUUAAGACGAAAGGAAAAAUGUUGCAAUGCUCUAAGGAAUGUGCCGAAGAAGUUAAGGGAAUGAAGAAAUUCAUUCGCAGAAUCCGACUUAUUUUGUCCUCAUCAAAAGUUUGCAUUCAAGUGUCAUUUUUUGGUGCUUACAUGGGAAUUCAAAUCGAGAAGUUCAAUGAUAAAGUUCUGAUGAGAUAUGACAGGUAAAAUUAACAAAUUUAUCUUACAAUUAGGUUAAACAUGAAAUUUAAGCUCAAACUACACUCGUUCCUCUGAAACAUUGGUGGGAAAUUUCGAGGAAAUUGCUUUGAAUCGCAUCAAAAAUUGGAUUUUAAAUCCUGUCAAUAUAAAAACUUUUGAUGUGAAAUUGGUGAGAAGAGCUCUUUUGAUCAAUAAAAAUCAAUAUAUUUUUGCAGGCCGAUUUUCCAUUGGUUGAUUUUGAUAUCACGCAUUUCAAGAAAUUGAAAUCUAUCACAAUAAAUAGUCGAAAAAGUCUCGAUGCUUUUCUCAAGAUGAGAUUCAUUGGAAAAGAUCAGGUAACAUUUUUUUUUCAGGAAACGAGGGAAGUGUGUGACCAGUCCCCGGAGAUUUUCAAUGAGACCUAUGUUUUUUUGGUCAGUUUUUCACGCUGAUAAAGAUCCUGUUUUCAGUUUUUGCUGAACGACUCUCUGAAGAGCCCAAAAAUGAGCCGAAAGUUGAGAAUUUCCUGAAAAUCGAGUUUUUGAGUGUCCAUAACUCAUGUUAGAAAUUAGUUUUAUGGAAAACUGAAUGGAUCACGUUGUUCAGGAGGGUCGAUUCACCAAAGUCACAAAUUUUGACAAAAUUUUCCAAAAAUUUUCUUUUUCUGAGCCACAAAAUUUUUUUCUGAAAAAGUAUGGACUUACUAAUCAAAAAUUUGUGACUUUGGUGAAUCGACCCUCCUGAACAACGUGAUCCAUUCAGUUUUCCAUAAAACUAAUUUCUAACAUGAGUUAUGGACACUCAAAAACUCGAUUUUCAGGAAAUUCUCAACUUUCGGCUCAUUUUUGGGCUCUUCAGAGAGUCGUUCAGCAAAAACUGAAAACAGGAGCUUUAUCAGCGUGAAAAACUGACCAAAAGGACAUAGGUCUCAUUGAAAAUCUCCGGGGACUGGUCACUCACUUCCCUCGUCAGACUUUAUGAUGAAACAAAAACAAUUUUCAGUUUUUCUCCAUCGGAAAUGUCACUCUUGUAAAUGUCAUAUUGACAACAGAAGAUUUAUGUGGUUUUAAAGCGUCUUCUAUCAAAUUGAAAAAUACAAAUGUGUCAGCAGACAUGUUGAAUCAAUUUUUGAAAUCAUGGAUCAGCGGAGAAAUUGACAAAAAUUUCACCAAAAUGAAAAUCGAAUUGAAGGAAAAUAAAAACAAGACAGAAUUGUCGAGUAUUAUUCUCAAAGAAGUUAAUGCAAUUGGUCAGCACAUAAAAUAUGAUUGCAUUUGGGUUAGAUUGAUGAACUCGAACAACGAAUGGGCCGAAAUUCAUAUUUCUUCGAACUCAUUCAUCAUGAUUUGCAAAACUUCUGCCGACAAAUUUCAAUAUAAAGGAUUCGAUUACGCGGAUGAACUCGGUAUGAAGGAGGAGGAUUUCUAUGAUUGGGAGGACAUCAAUGAUUAUGAAGAAAUUUAUGACUAA